GGGAGGGCAAGGGAAAGAACACCAAGAAUUCAGAUCAAUACACCCAUUGUUUGCUUCUUCACUUUGAUCUAACCUUGAUUUUCUCAAGUGUUGCGUCGACUAAGGACCAUUAGUCUCUAAGCUAUGGUUCUCGACAGCAUUGUAUCUUCUCCCCAUCGAAGGACAGGAUCGAUGAGGAAGCAAUUCCCAAAAGAUGAGUUGGGUAGCUGGUCAACACUUGUUCAGAGGCAUAGAUUCCUCUCAACAGCUUUGACACUCUUAGCAUUCCUAUGUACCAUUUACCUUUACUUCGCCAUUACUUUAGGGGCAACGGACACAUGUUCCGGCGUGACAGGAACGCAGAAAGCAUCAUGUAAACUGCAGCAUGCGAGGUUGAUUCUAUCCCAAAAUUGAAAAUAUAAAAAGGUUUAAUGAAAGAGUAAAAUUUUAUUUUAA